AUGGACCACGUGCGGACAGCUGUGGUGGUCGGGACCCCGGACUACAUCUCGCCGGAGAUCCUGCAAGCUCUAGAAGACCCCACGGCAACAUAUGGGGCGGAGAGCGACUGGUGGUCUCUGGGGGUCUGUGGCUACGAGAUGCUGUUUGGACAAACGCCGUUCUAUCACCGAUCUCUGUCGAGAACCUACGCGAACAUCAUCCAUCACAGGGAGAGCUUUCGAUUCCCGGAUCCGGAGUGGGGAGUAACGGAGGAAGCGAGGAGAUUCAUCCGGGCGUUGGUUUGCGACAGGGAGGAGCGUUUGGGUCGGGGGGGACUUCAGGAUUUCACCCUGCACCCAUUCUUCAGCAACAUCGCCUGGGACCACUUGGGUCAGUGUGAGCCCCCCUUCCUCCCCACCAUCUCCAACGCCACCGACACCUCAAACUUCGACGUGGAGGAAGAGACCUUCAGCGCUCCACUGGUUACACGUCCCGUUACCCUUGACGACAUCCCUGGAAUCUACCUUCCUUUUGUUGGCUUCACCUUCUCUGGUCCCAGGCAGGGAGAUACGACCGAGAUCGAGACCAGACUGGACGCCCGAGCGGGGGGAACGUCCCAGCUCCCGGGCGGUGGUGGGGAACCCGCCCCAAACACAGAGGUAAGGCAACAGCAACAGGCGUGAGGGCCAUUCAGCCCUUCCUGUCCCUUCCGGCAUUGGAGCGAGACACAAAACUCUGGAGCAGCUCAGCGGGACAGGCAGCA